GGUACGAGGUAUCAUGGAGGCUCAGUUAGCGCGUAGCAGCCAUUGAAGGUGGCGAGUCUGUGGGCCGGAGGUGUGGAGUUAAUGCGAUUUUUUUAAAUUUACGUUUUUUCUAUUUUGAAACUUUUUAUUUUUGUACUUUUUAAAGAUGGAGAUGAAGAAGAGAAUUAGUUUAGAAUUAAGGAACAGGACCCCAAUUGAGGUGGCCGAGCUGGUGGUGGAUAACUGCCGUUCCAGUGACGGUGAGGUGGAGGGUCUGACAGACGACUUCAAGGAACUGGAGUUCCUCAGCAUGGUCAAUGUGGGCUUGACCUCCCUGGCUAAGCUCCCUUCCUUGGCCAAACUCCGCAAAUUGGAGCUCAGCGACAACAACAUCUCAGGGGGCCUAGAGGUGCUGUCAGAGAAGUGUCCCAAUCUGACCUACUUGAACCUAAGUGGGAACAAGAUCAAGGAGCUCAGCACAGUGGAAGCAUUGCAAAAUCUGAAAAACCUGAAGAGUUUGGACCUUUUCAACUGUGAGAUCACCAGCUUGGAGGAGUACCGGGAGAGCAUCUUCGAACUGCUGCCCCAGGUGACUUACCUUGAUGGCUUCGACCAGGAGGAUAAUGAGGCUCCUGACUCAGAGGCAGAUGCUGACGAUGACGAUGAUGAUGAUGAAGAGGAAGGAGCUGGCCCAACAGGAGACUGUGACGAUGAUGAUGAAGAAGAAGAGGAUGAGGGUUCAGAGGGUGGAGAAGAGGUUGGGCUGUCAUACCUCAUGAAGGAAGGUAUCCAGGAUGAAGAGGAUGAUGAUGACUAUGUUGAAGAGGAAGAGGAGGAGGAAGUAGAAGACGAGGAUGGAGCUCAUGGAGAGAAGCGAAAGCGAGACCCAGAAGAUGAAGGAGAAGACGAUGAAGAUGAUGACUAAUUUUGUCUGACCCCAGCAUGACCCAGAACUAAGCUGUAGAACAACAGACUAAAAGUUUGAAUUUGCAGAUUCAGUUCUUUGUAUACCAUAGCUAUCACUGUAGAGGCUAAAUGUUUCCUUUUUAUGUAUAUAUAAUAUAUAUAUAAAUGAAAAAGGAAAGGUUUUUAAGAUUCAUUUGUAAUCAUUCCAAGUUUCUUCCCUCCUAAUGUCUUUUAAAUGAGGGUUGGGGCAAGGACAGGGUUUUUUUGGUCAUCUGGAACCUCAAGUCAGUGAUUGGUUGCAUGUAAAGGUGCAGUUUUUGGUUAACUUCAUAUCUGAUUUAUGUAACAUUAAGUCAGUAAUGCUUUGUUCACUCAUUGUAUUCCAGUGCUUAAGCCGAAGGUCUUGUAUCUAUCAAGAGUGAUAGCUCUGGCUCUCUUUCUUUGUACCCCUUUGACCUUGCUAAGGUUUAGGCUUUGCUCAGCUCACCUGUGUUGUUCUUCAGGAUACAAUAAUGAUCUUUGCCUGUCAGCAGCAUGGACUGCAGCUGCAGAUGGGCAGGAACAUUUGGCUCAAAUGUUGAUCUUUGAACCUACCCAGAAACUCACCUUUGGCUGGUCACCUUGUGCUGUUUUUCUUCCAUAUCUAAGUUAAGGGUUUUCCAUUUAUGCGUGCUUUAGUGUAGGAUGGGACACAAAACUGACUGCAUUCACAAUUAGUUAACCUAAUAGCCACAGUAGACUCUUCAGAUUUGUUAGGGGUUGGGGGGGGCCACUUUGGGGAGGUACUGGAAUAGUAGUUUUUAAUCUUUUUAAUCUAGUCCAGUGUUGACCCUGGAGAGCCCCAAUGCUGCAAGAGGUAAAGUAUCAUUGAUUGAAAUAAGACCUAUAAAAGGCUCAUAAGUAUAUAUGUAUUUAAAGCUCAGGUGGACCAGAUUUUUGAGGGCUUUGUGGAUCUCCAGGACUUUACGGUCAUCUCGGUGUGUCCUAAAUUAAGCUAAUUCUUACCUUUGUCAAGCAGUGGACUUUUUUGUAUUUACAGUUAGAAAAUGUUUGUAUGGCAAUAUGUACAUAGUAUCUGUCCCAACUUCUGAAUCUGUUUUUUUUUUUUUUUUUUUUU